AUGCAGUUGGGAAAAGCUAUCAUUCUGAUGCUGACCAUCCAGCAAAGCUGCCUGGCCUUGUACAUCAAGAAGGCGGAGAAGAGUCCUGCCAAAGCUCCAGCUCCAUCUCCAUCCAAGGACGACUGGGGAGUCUUCAAAAACACACUCGGACUAAGCCAAGAAAAAGUUGAACUACUUAAAUCGCAAAAGGACCAACAGGGCACCAAGGAGCUGCUCAAUCGCUUUAUCUUAGAGAACCCCAAAGCUCUGCCGAAGGUCAAGAAACAGCCCGAUCAGUUCCUGGCACUCUACAGAUCCAUUCUCAAGAAACUGACAGCAUCCAAGCGUACACUGAAAACCUCGCUCAACUUCGAACUGGCCGACAAGCCCCAUAAAACCCACAAAAGGCCUCGGCGCAAGAUCGCCGUCAAGAUGGUUUCCGAUAUGCCAUCCUGGAAGAUCGAGAGCCUCCUGAAUACGUUUUAUCUACAGCACGGGAUUCCGAAGAACACCGAGGAGCAUGAUUAUCCCGAUCUGGACAUGCCCAGGGAUACCGACUACGACUCUGAUAAUUUCUACGACGACGAAGGCGACGUGGGCUUGACUGCUAAGACUCGGCAAAACACCGAGUACGGAUCCUUCCAGGACCUGAUUAUGCAGGCCAAAAUGAACGAGUGGGAGCUGGAGAACGAGGAAACCAAAUUGCACGGCUCGGCCAAUGAUGACUUCAUUUAA